AUGGAGGAGAACGGCGGUCACCCGAUUGUGUAUGGUGUUGAUUCUGUCCACGGUGCCAAUUGGGUCAAAGGUGCCGUGCUGUUCGGCCAGCAGAUUAACGGCGGUGCGUCCUUCAACCGGGACCUGGUGUACGAAAUGGGCCGCAUUACGGGCCGCGACUCGGAAGCGGCCGGGAUGCCGUGGGUCUUCGGGCCAAUUCUCGGUAUUUCACGCAGCCCGCUGUGGGCGCGCACUUUUGAGACGUUCGGCGAGGACCCGUACUUGAGCUCGGUUCUAGGCGAUGCCAUCAUUCGUGGCCUCCAGAGCAACAACAACACUGCUGCAUGCAUGAAACACUGGAUCGCGUACACGAAGGCCCCCACAGGUCACGACAAAGAGGGGGCACAGCUAAUUACAUUUCGGUCAACGGUAUUCCGACCAUUGCGAAUGGUAAACUCAUGA